GCGAGGGUUGCGGGGCGGGGCCUUGUGCGGCUGAGUCUAGCUGUGAAACUGGGUGGUGGGUGGCUAUGUGGCUUCGCCGCCGGGGGUUGGGGGUGCCCUCCGCCUCUGCCUCUGAGGGCGGCACGUCCUCCCCUGCGUGGACUGAGAUGGGGUCUUGGGUGCGGACGAUCUUCGGGAGGCUGAAGCAGCGGCUGAGGCUCGACGUGGGGCGCGAGAUUUGCCGUCAGUAUCCGCUGUUCUGCUUUCUGCUGCUCUGCCUCAGCGUCGCCUCGCUGCUCCUCAACAGGUACCUGCUGGUGGCCCUGCGGAGGCCGCUCGAGAGCCCGCAGGUUGCUGGGCNGCGGGCAGGAGCGCACUCUGCACGGCGGUCUCGGGAAGGGCGGCCCAGGUUGCGCCCGGAUAUGCGGACGGGUGCAUGGUCCACAAAGGCCAUUAAUCUAGAACAGAGGUUGUCAAAGCUGGCGGGAGAAGAGACCCUCCUUGGGAAUCACCAACAGUAUGGAUUGUUGGACUUAGGCCCAGAUUUUGAUGAGAAAGUUCUGGGCUACUGCCCUGUCAAUAGUAUUGUUAAAAACUUUCCGCAAUUAGGACUUCAAGAGUUAUUUCCACAAGGACAUAGCUGUGCUGUUUGUGGUAAAGUGAAAUGUAAACGACAUAGUGUUGGAAAACUUUGUCUAUCCGUGGUACAGGUGGAUAUUCCAUCUAUUAUAACCAAGAAACUAUUAAAAGCAGCAAUGAAACAUAUAGAAGUGAUUGUUAAAGCAAGACAGAAAGUAAAGAACACGGAGUAUUUACAACAAGCUGCUUUAGAAGAAUAUGGUCCAGAGCUUCAUGUGGCCCUGAGAAGUCGAAGAGAUGAGUUACAGUAUUUAAGGAAACUUACUGAGUUACUUUUUCCUUAUAUUUUGCCUCCUAAAGCAACAGACUGCAGGUCCCUGACAUUACUCAUAAGAGAGAUCCUGUCUGGUUCUGUGCUUCUUCCUUCUUUGGACUUCCUAGCUGAUCCAGAUACUGUCAAUCAUUUGCUUAUCAUCUUCAUAGACGACAGCCCUCCUGAAAAAGCAACUGAACCAGCUUCCCCUUUGGUUCCAUUCCUGCAGAAAUUUGCAGAACCUAGAAAUAAAAAACCAUCNGUGCUGAAGUUAGAGCUGAAACAAAUCAGAGAACAGCAGGACCUUUUGUUCCGCUUUAUGAACUUCCUGAAACAAGAAGGGGCCGUGCACGUCCUGCAGUUCUGUCUGACAGUCGGUGAGGCUUCCUCUGCGUUUCACCAAGUUGCUGAAGGCCCGUACGUAGAUGUUGUGAAGCUGCAAACGAUGAGGUGUCUUUUUGAAGCAUACGAGCACGUCCUUUCCCUGUUGGAGAGCGUGUUCACCCCCAUGUUCUGCCACAGUGAUGAGUAUUUUAGGCAACUUUUAAGAGGUGCAGAAUCGCCCACACGCAAUUCCAAAUUCAACAGAGGUAGCCUAAGUUUGGAUGAUUUCCGAAGCACACAAAAAAGAGGAGAAUCGUUUGGAAUCAGCAGAAUAGGAAGCAAAAUUAAAGGCGUAUUCAAGAGUACGACAAUGGAGGGAGCUGUGCUGCCUAAUUAUGGGGUGGCUGAAGGCGAAGAUGACUUUAUUGAAGAAGGGAUUGUGGUCAUGGAGGAUGACUCUCCAGUAGAAGCUGUGAGCACACCUAACACUCCUCGGAACCUCGCUGCCUGGAAAAUUAGUAUUCCGUAUGUGGACUUUUUUGACGACCCCUCCUCUGAAAGGAAGGAGAAGAAGGAGAGGAUUCCUGUGUUUUGUAUUGAUGUUGAGAGAAACGACAGACGAGCAGUUGGACACGAGCCUGAGCAUUGGUCUGUCUAUAGAAGAUAUCUUGAAUUCUAUGUUCUUGAAUCAAAACUAACAGAAUUUCAUGGCACAUUUCCCGAUGCUCAGCUUCCAUCCAAAAGGAUCAUUGGCCCCAAAAACUAUGAGUUUUUGAAGUCGAAGAGAGAGGAGUUCCAGGAGUAUCUGCAGAAACUUGUGCAGCACCCGGAGCUGAGUAACAGCCAGCUUCUGGCNGACUUUCUCUCCCCCAACGGUGGCGAGACACAGUUUCUGGAUAAGAUACUUCCAGAUGUAAAUCUUGGAAAAAUUAUAAAGUCUGUUCCUGGGAAACUAAUGAAAGAGAAAGGUCAGCAUUUGGAGCCAUUCAUCAUGAGUUUCAUUAAUUCUUGCGAAUCCCCCAAACCUAAACCGAGCCGGCCGGAACUGACGAUUCUCAGCCCCACUUCUGAAAACAACAAGAAGCUUUUCAACGAUCUGUUUAAGAAUAAUGCAAACCGAGCUGAGAACACAGAGCGAAAGCAAAAUCAGAACUACUUCAUGGAGGUGAUGACUGUGGACGGAGUCUAUGAUUACCUGAUGUAUGUAGGGCGAGUAGUUUUUCAAGUCCCAGACUGGCUUCAUCAUCUUCUAAUGGGAACUCGAAUCCUCUUUAAGAACACCCUGGAAAUGUACACAGACUACUACCUCCAGUGCAAGCUGGAGCAGCUGUUUCAGGAGCACCGGCUGGUCUCCCUCAUCACNCUUCUCAGAGAUGCUAUAUUUUGUGAAAAUACUGAACCUCGCUCUCUCCAAGAUAAGCAAAAAGGAGCAAAACAGACGUUUGAAGAAAUGAUGAAUUACAUUCCAGAUCUGAUAGUCAAGUGUAUCGGUGAAGAAACCAAGUACGAAAGCAUCAGACUCCUGUUUGAUGGCUUGCAGCAGCCAGUGCUCAACAAGCAGCUGACCUAUGUGUUGUUGGACAUUGUGAUACAGGAGCUGUUCCCAGAGCUAAAUAAGAUGCAGCCCCUGAAGACAUCUCACCAUGGCAUCACAGAUCAGGUUUCCCAUGUUGCAUUCCCUGAAGCGGCACGUCUGAGUGGAGCCAUCCAGGUAGACGAUUGUUCUCCCGAGUUCCUGGGUAGAAUAAUUAUCUAAUUUUAUCCUCCAUUGGUUAAUGUCUGCU